UCUUCUUCGUUCACCAUCCAGAUGCCACGGGCUGCUGACUGAACUCUACUGCGCUUUGCCGGCUUCUCUUCUUAUCUCCGUCUCCGACGAGCCCGCGCAUCCGACCUGCUCGACCCGGUCCGCGAGCGAUGGCGGCGACGGCGCUGGCACUGAGCAGCGGGCACCAGAUGCCGGCGGUGGGGCUCGGCGUCUGGCGGAUGGACUCCCCCGCCAUCCGCGGCCUCAUCCACUCCGCCCUCCGCGCUGGCUACCGCCACUUCGACUGCGCCGCCGACUACCAAAACGAGUCUGAAGUUGGUGAUGCACUUGCGGAGGCAUUUGAAACUGGACUUGUCAAGAGGGAAGAUCUUUUCAUCACAACCAAGUUGUGGAACUCAGAUCACGGCCAUGUGCUCGAAGCCUGUAAGGCCAGUCUGAAGAAGCUGCGGUUGGAUUAUCUUGAUCUCUACCUUAUUCACUUCCCAGUUGCUACUAAGCAUACUGGCGUUGGCACAACUGCCAGUGCUCUUGGUGACGAUGGUGUGCUUGAUAUUGAUACCACAAUCUCAUUGGAGACAACAUGGCAUGCCAUGGAAGAUCUUGUUUCCAAGGGAUUGGUUCGCAGCAUUGGGAUUAGCAAUUACGACAUCUUCCUCACCAGAGACAUCUUGGCGUAUGCCAAGAUAAAGCCCGCGGUCAACCAAAUCGAGACACACCCUUACUUCCAGCGUGAAUCUCUUGUGAAGUUCUGCCAGAAGCACGGGAUCUGCGUCACUGCACACACACCCCUGGGCGGGUCCACUGCCAACACCGAGUGGUUUGGCUCCGUGUCAUGCCUCGACGAUCCAGUCAUCAAGUCUCUGGCCGAGAAAUAUGGCAAGACGCCGGCGCAGCUCGUCCUCCGGUGGGGCCUCCAGAGGAACACGGUGGUGAUCCCCAAGACCUCCAAGGUGGAAAGGCUGGAGGAGAACUUCGCGGUCUUCGACUUUGACAUCUCCGGCGAGGACAUGGAGAAGAUGAAGGCUCUCGACCGCAACUACCGCACCAACCAGCCGGCAAAGUUCUGGGGCAUUGACCUCUACGCUUGAUCGAUUCCACUAUCAUGAUUUGCUUCCCGGACAGCACCGACAAUAAAAUGGGAAGUUUUCAUUAGCUAAUACGAACUUUAUUUGUUGAUGGUGAAUUUAGAGGACAACCGAUCGGUUAUUGUACUGUUCGUGCCAAUAUCCGCUUCAUUCUGAUUGUACCUUAAAAAUCGUAUGCGGUUGGAUUGGAUUGAGCAAAUGAAUCCUGGCAGAAUAUUGGUCACACAAA